CGCAAUGCUAACAUGUCCGGAGAAGAGGAACAAGCAGCAGAGUUCCUGCAGUGGGACGCCUUGCCAGUGCAAUUAAUAGAGGAGCUGCAAGAACACAGCGCCGAGGAGCUUCUGCAUAAAAUGGAGAACAUUCUAGGUUUCACAAACCACCGGACCUGUAUCAGAGAGGCUGUCCUCCUUCAGUACUAUUUGUCUGGAUUCUGGUGGGCUAAAGAUACCAAGUUUAGCCCCACACAGAUCUCUUUCACCAUGGCUGUACUCCAUGUACUGCUGGAAAAUCUAAGAGAAAAACAGAUGAGUUCAGUGGAUAAUAUGGUGGUGUUCAUGAAAGCCAUGACUGCUGCCUGCCACUGUGCUCCUUCUGAAGAAGAUGACUCUUCACUUUUGAACAAUAAUGAAGCCAAAGCACUGAUAUGCUAUGUUACAAAAAGUCUUAUUCUGAAAUACAAACUAUAUGAACUUCUCUUCAUGAAAUCCACAGAGGAGCGUCUGACAGGGAUGGAGAGGACCAUUCAGAGAUUCGGCUGUCAAGAUGCUCAUACCUCACUGGAGGAAAGUAUUUCCACCUACUUCUACUUUAAGGCCCUGUGAUGGACUGGUGACCUGUCCAGGGCAACCCCGCCUCUUAUCUAAUGACAACUGGAGAUGGCCACCACCAGCCCCCCUCACCACCCUGCAAGGAUCAGUGUGUUUAGAUCAUGGAUGGAAAGCGUGUAAGGCAAAGAAAACACCCAGAAAUGUUUUUUCACUCCAGGCAUCCGGUACCAAUCAUCAUCAGUUCUGAUGAUGUCACAUACAUAGCGAGUCCGCAGUGUCUUAAAAUUGUUUCUGUAAAGUUCAGUGAAUGGUUUUGUCGUUGAUCCUCACUGUUCUUAGGAAGGAGAAAUGUCAGUUUGUCUGCAGUAAUACUGGAAUACUGUGACAUUGUAUUAAAGCAAUAGUCUUUGCAAUACUCCAUGUCUUCUCUCGUUCAUUGGCAAAAUAUUUUUCACAUUUUCUCUCAAGUGUACGUAUUGUUUUAUUGUGCUAAUUUUCAUAAGCAUGU